AAUUGUCUUAUCCCAACUUUGUGCUGCUUACAGUACAGCAACUUGCGUCCCACCUUCCUCUUUCCCAUUACAGACCUCGUACAAGUCGCCCAUCAUGUGCAAACAUGUUCUCAACGCUCAAGUCUCGAUCCGCUCACCCUGCUGCCGCAAAUGGUUUGACUGCGCAGAAUGCCACGCCGAAUCAGAGACACAUGACCUGAAGCCCACCCUCGAAAUGGUCUUUGCUUGCAAGAAGUGCAGAAAGGCUUUCCGCAAGGAUGUUCAAGAGUUCGAGGAGAGUGACGAAUACUGCCCGCAUUGCGACAACCACUUCGUCCUCGAGGCAAAGACACCGCAGGCUAGACUCCAGGUCGAGAGUGAGGAUGUCAGAAAGGAUGCCCGCUUCGUCAAGGACGAGCGUGUGCGUGAGGAAGAGCAGCAGACCAUCUGGAGUUUGAAGGAAGCAAGCGAGAGAUUGGGUUAAACUUGUCGCGUCACAUCUCCUUGGGUCCUCUUCAAGAUUGAUCCAUUGCACAUAUCCGGCCUGAACAUCGUCUCACGCCGCAACACAGAACAACGAAUUCACGAAUCAUAAACAUCAAUCAUGUAUUAACUCUUUUCAUUUGCCUCUGCCU